AUGGUCCACCAAGUCCCAGGCUCUGAGCCUGCUUCCACUCAGCCAGUCCCUCCAAAAACACCUCCCAGCAAAAAACCAUCGGCCUAUAUCUUCGACUCGAACGGCGAUACUCGGAUCAUUCUUAGUACAUACAGGGCCCAGAGCUUUAAAUGGGAGACAGAUAAAAUCUGGAUAGAGGAAGAAAAGCCUACGAAGGAAAACUGCAAAAACAAGAAGCGAAAAAAGAAGAAAGAGAAGAAAGUUGAGCCCCCCCCGUCGGCUACGCCACCAGCGCCGCAAGAGUCUCCUGUUACAACCUCAACAUCGCUAGGAGGUACUACCAACGCACCUCCCAUAGACUUGGGUAGAACCGAUUUCUCAGACUUUAGUAAUGUACGUUAUGCUCUUCCGGAAUCGUCAGAUAGCGACGAAAUGGAUCCGGGUUGUACCGACCCUGGAACGAAUCCCAACAACACAAGCCUUCAAAUACAAGACUGGGACUAUGGAGAAACAUGCGUACUUCACCUUAAGAAGAUCGAGUUUCGAAUGCUAGUAUCCGGAAAACACUUAGAGCUAGCUUCACCUAUCUUCAGAACAAUGGUUACUGGUCCUUUUGCAGAGGGAAAGGCCGAUUCAUCAGGUUUUCGCCUGAUAACAGCGAGCGACUGGGAUCCUGAAGCCUUCAAGAUCGUCCUGACUAUCAUGCAUGGAUAUAAUCGAGAUAUCCCAAAAUCUCUCAGCCUUGAAAUGCUUGUAAAGGUAGCAAUGAUUGUGAACUAUUACGAUUGCCUUGAGAGCGUCGAGUUAUACGCAGACAUUUGGCUAAAAGGCUUGGAAUCAGAGGUACCGACGGUGUAUGGGCGAGACUGCGUUCUUUGGAUGUUCAUAUCCUGGGUUUUCUCAGAACCAAUUAUGUUCCGAAACAUGACACAACUGGCGUUGACGCACAGUCAGAAGUUAAUCGAAGCCGAGGACUUCCCUGUUCCAGCCGAUAUUCUUGAAGAGAUUGACACAGCACGUCAGAGCGCUCUGGCUGAAAUCUUCUCAGCAAUCUACGAGCUCCUUGAUCGCCUGCAAGAAGAACAAGAUUGUUCCUUCGAGUGCUCAUCCAUGCUCUUGGGAAUCCUGACCAAGGAACUCAACAGACAUGGAAUUCUGAACCCGCGGAACGCCCCGCCAUUCGAUGGUUUCAGUAUUGAAGGUUCUAAAGAGAUGAUAAAGGGGUUGAAAAAACCUAAUUGGUACAGCAUCAGGAAUUAUAGUCAUUAUGACAAUUGCAGACAUCGCAGCCAUAACUGUUGUAUUCAGGAUAAGCUGUCUAUAUCUUUGGCAAAGGUGGAAAGCUGUCUGCGUGUCUUUGAUCUACAGGACUUCCAGGCUGCGAAGAAUUACACGCCUGGCUGA